UCAGGCGUCUGAUGGUGCACGGAUUGACAGAACCGUUUGAUUCUCAAAAGACCCGACCGUACCAAGAGUUGGGUGGCACCCAUCUUCAAAGCUCCUUAUAAUUCAAAUCAAUCAAUACGUUAAUACGUAUCGGCCGAGCGGCUGACCGACGACGAAAUAAUGCAGCGAGCCGCCUGGCUGCGUAACGCAUGGCAGACCGAAGACGAGUUCAAAGCUCUGGAUCCUGUGGUCCCACUCGGAGCGGCGCCCUGGUCGAGAUCGUGGGAGUCAAGGAGGAACCCCAUUGGAGGCACGCGGCACGCCAGCAUCCGUAAGACAUGGUAUGGGGCCUUCUUCCGGCGGCUAUGGUUCAGCUUCAUCGGUGGAGUGUUUCUGCUUGCGCCCAUGUGGAUAAUGGUGCUUCACACGACUCGAAACACCUGCCUAAUUACGACCACGGCUUUUGUUGUUGUCUUUGGGACUAUCCUGGCCUGGAGAAUGGAGAAGCCGACUGAGGUUCUUGCAGCUACACUGGCAUAUGCUGCAGUGUUGGUCGUGUUUGUGGGACUGGCCGUCGAGGGAGAUGCGAGUGUUGAGACACCGCCGUCAUUAUUAGACACAAUCUUUUAGCCUGCGGCCAAGAGAUCUCACCGUUUCACCACUCAACAGUCAUAUGGCUGACUUAUGUACUUAUUUUUUUUCCUUUUACUC